AUGGCGGUUAGCAACAACCUCACCGCAAUCCUCAACUUCCUCGCUCUCAUCUGCUCCUUCCCCAUCAUCGCCGCCGGCGUAUGGAUCGCCUCCAACCCUACCAACGCCUGCAUCCACUGGAUCCGCUGGCCGCUCGUCUUCCUCGGCCUCGCCGUCCUCCUCGUCUCCCUCACCGGCUUCAUCGGCGCCUACUAUAAAAAGGAAGGCCUCCUCUCCGUCUACCUCGUCUCUAUGUUCAUCCUCAUCCUCCUCCUCCUCGCGCUCCUCGUCCUCGCCUUCGUCGUCACCCGCCCUCACAGCGGCGCCGCCUCUCCGCCGCCGCCGGGAAUUGCCUUCCGCGAGUACCGCCUCGACGGAUUCUCGCCGUGGCUCAGGAACCACGUCACCGGUAACGAAUACUGGCCGGGAAUUCGAGCCUGCUUGGCCGAUCAGGACCGCGUCUGCGCCAAGCUUGAUCGGAAAUUCGCCUCCGCCGCCGAGUUCUUCGCCGCGGAGCUUUCGCCGAUUGAGUCGGGUUGCUGCAAACCUCCUUUGGUAUGCGGGUUCCAAUACUCGAGCCCGACAACAUGGCUCAACCCGUCCAACAUAGGAGCGACUAGGGAUUGCGCGGUGUGGAACAACGACCCGAGCCAGUUGUGCUACGGGUGCGACUCUUGCAAGGCCGGGUUGCUCGGGAACUUGAGGGAGGAAUGGAGGAAAGCCAACGUUAUUUUGAUCAUAGUUGUGGUAGUUCUAAUUUGGGUUUACGUUAUCGCGUGUAGCGCGUACCGAAAUGCGCAGACCGAAUCGCUCUUUCGUCGGUAUAAACGAGGUUGGACGUGAAGUAAAGUGAUGUUACUAUAUCAUGUGUUUGAAAAACAUUCGAGCGAAUGUAAGAAGUUGUAUUUGUUGUAAGUAAAUGUUGUGUUAUUUAUAGAAAAAUUGUCGAUUGAUGUGUUUGGUUGUUAUCUCUGGGAGGUCUCCGUAAAGGAUAAUCGAAUCGAUGUGAUUGGUGAAUUUGUGAUUUUGAAGUCAUGAAUUCAAAAUU